AUGGCAAUUGUUACCUGGGGUUACAUGGAUGCGUAUUGCACUGCACUUGCAAUUUCACAUCCUAUUAUGGACACUGGGUUAUCUAGAGAAGGGGGAUUCGCCAUCUUUCGACUUUACCAGGCUAUCGUGAGAAAGGUGAAAUCCCUCCAUAACAAUGAUCGUUUUCCUACGAAAAAUGCCAAAGCCGUUGGUUUCACUUCUAGCUCAAUGAAACUUGGAAAGAAAGCUAUAAUGGACACGGUUACACUGGUUCUUCAAUCCUCAAUGUUCACUGCAUUGAGAAAGCAAGCGACCAAACUCAGAGAAACAGUCGCCAAACAACAACAGGCUGUAAUAAAGCAGUUUAGUGGGACCAGUUAUGAAAGUUCUGAUGUGAUGGUCAUUGAUGAGGUUGAAAUGCAAAGACAUCAACAGUUAGAGAAAUUUUACAGGUCUACUUGUGCAGGAAAGGAUUUUCAGAAAGAUAUUAUUAAAGCAGCAGAAGCAUUUACAGCCAUAGGGUACAAGAAUAUUGAAGCAGGAACCAAGUUGUCUGAGGAUUGUUUCAGAUAUGGAGUUGAGAACGUUGAUGACAAGAUUCUAGCUAAGGCUGCAUCUCUAUAUGGCGAUACCCGUAAACAUAUGGAACAGGAGCAAGAAGACAUUAAUAGGCAAUUAUUUUCUCAGAUUUUAGAACCAUUGAGAGCAAUGGUAACUGGGGCUCCUUUGGAGGAUGCUCGUCAUCUUGCUCAACGUUAUAGUCGAAUGAGACAAGAAGCAGAGACACAGGCAGCAGAGGUUUCUAGAAGACAUGCUCGAGUAAGGGAAGCUCCCAUUCCUGAAAAUGUGGCAAAGCUUCAUGCAGCAGAAUCUAAAAUGCAUGAAUUGAAAGCAAAUAUGGCAGUACUGGGUAAGGAAGCCUCAACUGCAUUGGCUUCUGUAGAAUCACAGCAGCAAAGGUUGACAUUCCAGCGGCUUGUUUCAUUGGUUGAAGGUGAAAAAUCAUAUCAUGAAAGAAUAGCUACCAUUCUUGGUGAGGUUGAAGCUGAGAUGGUCUCAGAGAAACAACGAAAAGAGUCUGCUCCUCCUGUAAUUCCAUCCACCUACAGCUUAGAGAAAACAAAGUACUUCUUGGCUGAGGCAAUGCAUGCUUUGUGCUGCAAUCGAGAAAGGACUGAGUUUGGCAGUAUGAUGAUUUAUGUUGUUCUGCACGGUCUUUUAUCACAAAGUAAUUUUGUUAUAGGUUGUGUUGGAUCUUGGAUUUGUGAAGGGAUUGUGAAGAUAUAA